CCGACAAUUGGUCCCGCUGAACAGCAACUGGGCUCAUGGGGUCACAGUGCUGCUUUAAAUCCUCUCUUCUCAACUGCAACACGCCCCAGGCUCCACCCAGAUCAAAAUAUGGGAGUUGAAGUGAGAAGAGGUCCUCCUUUGCUGGCAACAACAGUACCGAUUCUGAUAAUGCUCCUCCAUGCACAUAUCUGUAGAGCUGUGUCGCCUGUGAGGGGCAACUCCUCCACAAGAGGGUGCUGCAAUGGCGACCAAGAGGAGUGGCUGGUUGGGGACAUAGCCCCGGAGGAGGAGUUUUUGAUGGGUUCUGAAACAAACAGGAGGAUGCUGAGCACCAUUCAUUACACUGACGGCUACAAAUUUCCCAAGAAACCAGCUGCGCCUUGUGGACGGGGUAAAGGCUAUAGAACUUGCCUCCCCAGAGGAAACAAAGGCGGUAAACUCAAACAAAAAUGUGGCGAUUACACGCGUGACUGCUAUCAUUGAUCUCGCCUAUCCCUCAUUUUUUAUCUUUUCAUUUUGGUGUUCAGUAGUGUAAGCCCCAUGAAAUUUCCCAACAUUUCAAACUCCCUUGGCAGGAAGUGUAUGUUAGAAAAAUUAUUUGCUUCUCCCAUUAUUUGUGGUCCUCUGGCUAGAACUUAUUCAACAAUGAUGCUGCUUUAUUCGCCUGUAACUUCUCUUUCUUCGAAUUCUAUGUUAUAUAUGUUGUGUUCUUAUGGA